AGGCAGCGACCAUGAGGAGGGUGUGAGGGAGGUGUUGAGGCGGGCAGGUGGGGCCCAGCUCCUCACUCUCCUCCUCACCUUCACUCCAGUAACAUUCUCUGGCUCAAGAUGCUGUACUCUUCCCUAUUAUUAAACGUGAUGGUCUUCAUGGCUGGAGUGACCAGCCAAUAUCUAACCUUCCAGGCUCCAGCUCAACGUCACGACUUUGGUACAUCCGCUGCUCUUGGCCACAAUAUUCCCAGCGAUACAGGUAGACCACUUCCUGUGCUAAGCGGAGCAAUUGGGAGCUUGUCGAGUAGCACUAGCGCAGCUAACGACGCCUUCAUCCUCCAAGGCACUGACAGCGGCCUCCCUAAUGACGCAGGCCAGAACCGAGGAAGACUUGCUGAUGGACGUUACUUCCCACAAGGCUUUCGUAGUGAUGUAGCUCCUGGUCCUGUUGUCGGCCAGGGUGUCUUCAGUGGUCUGGGUCCUGUUGGCGGCCAGGGUGUCUUCAGUGGUCCGGGUCCUGUUGGCGGCCAGGGUGUCUUCAGUCGUCCGGGUCCUGUUGUCGGCCAGGGUGUCUUCAGUGGUCCGGGUCCUGUUGUUGGCCAGGGUGUCUUCAGUGGUCCAGGUCCUGUUGUCGGUAGUGGUCCAGCUACCAUAUUCAGCGGUGGCAGGUUGGACCAGGUGAACGUCCCGCGGGUCGCAGUGGGCAGCACUGGACCUGCUGGAAGUGUUGUCAGACCUGUUGGCGUCCCUCAGGUCAGGAGGGUGGACGAUGUCUUCCACCCCACUGUCACCCAAGUUGUCACCAUCGAUCGUUGCGUCACUGUCACCGACCAAGCCUUCAACAGCGUAGCAGUCACCCUGACUUCCUUCAGCGUGCAGACUGUCACCGUCGGAACACGCUCGGUGCUACAGACGCCUGUGGAUGACACGGUCGCUCUACAGACGUCUGUCUUUGUCCGGCCAACGUCCGUAACGUUAACGGAAGUGAAGUCUGACUUCAGGAUCGUGACGGAGACGUCGCUAAGCUACGUGACCCUCGGCCACACGUCCUACGUCAUCAGCCAGUACACCUACACCACCACGGCCACCCAGGUGUUGACGUACACAGCGACGGUGGUACACACGAAUAUUAACACCCAGAGAACUACCCUCACAAACUACCGCACAGUGACAGACACCGUGUACGUUAACAGCGGCUACGGCUACCGUCCUCAAUAGUGAAGAGUUUUAUAAUAAGCGUUUAGACGACUAAAACAAAUUUAAGAGGCACGUAAUUUAUUAUUGUAAUAAACUUGCCCUGUUAAAAUAACUUGCACAAAUUAAAGUGUCUUCGAAAC